AUGUCUUCCUCCGUGCCACUUCUACGCCCGCCCGUCCCUGGCAACCGCAACAACACCGGCAGCCCACGCGCCCCAAAACUCACCCUUGGUAUUCCUCCGUCUGCCAGCAAUAAACCCGUCAAUGGCAAUCCCUCCCAGGAGGAUCCGUCCGUCCACUCUCGCCCAGCUCCUCCCCAGCUGCGCCUGGCCACCCCCAUGGGCAGCCAGAAUGCCCCGCAGGUGUCUGCUCCCAUGCCGAACGGCCGCCCGGCGCCCCCUCCACUCGCUCUUUCAACAAACGGUCUAGGCGCAAAUGCCCAGCCGACGCUGGAGAGCAGAGGUGGUGGCAGCGGUCCGACAUCGGCCAACUCCUCCGUGUCCACCUUGUCUAUCGCUAGAGGUCUGCGUCAAGCCGAUGGGAACUCGGACCCCUCAUCGGCGAUCAGCUCCGUUUAUUCCGACCACAAUGGUAGUGUUGGUAUGGAACGUGAGAACAGCGUGAGCAGCUUGUUACCGGACUUAGACAGGUUGAGCCUUGAGAAAGGCCGGCCGCUGGAUGUGGAAGAUCUGGACGACGAAGGCUGGCACGCAGCCAGCGAACAGAAAAAGAUUGAAGAAUUAGGAAGUCUGGGUGAAGGUGCCGGUGGUGCUGUCACCCGAUGUAAACUCGUCGGCGGAAAGACCGUCUUUGCGUUGAAGAUCAUUACUACCGACCCCAACCCCGAUAUCAAGAAACAGAUUGUCCGAGAGCUCAACUUUAACAAGGACUGCGCUUCGGACCACAUCUGUCGUUACUACGGCGCUUUCAUGGACAAGUCCACCGGAACGAUUUCAAUUGCUAUGGAAUUCUGUGAAGGUGGUAGCUUGGACAGUAUCUACAAGGAAGUUAAGAAGCUCGGUGGCCGCACUGGAGAGAAAGUGCUCGGGAAGGUUGCCGAGGGCGUGCUCAAUGGAUUGACCUACUUGCACAGCCGCAAGAUCAUCCAUCGAGAUAUCAAACCCUCGAAUAUCCUUCUAUGUCGGAAUGGCCAAGUCAAACUGUGCGACUUCGGUGUCAGUGGAGAGUUCGGUACCAAAGGUGAUGCCAACACUUUCAUUGGCACUUCAUACUAUAUGGCCCCAGAACGAAUCACUGGCCAAUCAUACACCAUCACUUCUGAUGUAUGGUCUUUGGGUGUGACUCUUCUGGAAGUUGCCCAGCAUCGAUUCCCAUUCCCUGCCGACGGAACUGAGGCACAACCCCGCGCGGGUCUGAUAGACCUUCUGACCUAUAUUGUUCGCCAGCCUAUUCCCAAACUGAAAGAUGAACCGGAAAACAAUAUUCGCUGGUCGGAUAACUUCAAGUAUUUCAUUGAAUGCUGCCUUGAGAAAGAGCCUCCUCGGCGAGCAACACCCUGGCGGAUGCAGGAACAUCCAUGGAUGCAGGACAUGAAAAACAAGAAGGUCAACAUGGCGAACUUCGUGGCACAAGUUUGGGGCUGGAAGGAUUAA